AAACUAACAGAGAACGCUGGGCUGUUCGAAGAGAGGCCGGAGGCCAACCACAGCCUCAAUGCGGUCAUUGUCGUCGGGCCGCCCCUCCCCCGCCCGGAGCGCAUCUCCAUGGCAACGCGGGCUUUGCCUCUCCCCGCCUCCUCGGACCCGCAGACCGGAAGCAGUCCGCGCCGGGGGCUUCUGGGAAACGGCUUGCGAGCGGCGUUUCUGCGUCUGCCGUGGACAGCGAAGCUGUUGCGGUUCCUGAGCCGGAGGGUUGCCUGUGAAGAAAACGGGGUAUUUCCCUAAGGCUUAUAUUCUGCCUUGAUUGUCUUUUCUUGAAGUAUUAUAAAUCAGGAUGUCUGCACAGUCAGUGGAAGAAGAUUCAAUACUUAUAAUCCCAAAUCCAGAUGAAGAGGAAAAAAUUCUGAGAGUGAAGUUGGAGGAGGAUCCUGAUGGCGAAGAGGGAUCAAGUAUCCCCUGGAACCAUCUCCCUGAUCCAGAAAUUUUUCGACAGCGAUUCAGGCAGUUUGGAUACCAGGAUUCACCUGGGCCCCGGGAAGCUGUGAGCCAGCUCCGAGAACUUUGUCGUCUAUGGCUCAGGCCAGAGACACACACAAAAGAACAAAUCUUAGAGCUGGUAGUGCUAGAGCAGUUUGUUGCCAUCCUACCCAAGGAGCUACAGACUUGGGUUCGCGAUCAUCAUCCAGAGAAUGGAGAGGAGGCAGUGACGGUGUUGGAGGAUUUGGAAAGUGAACUUGAUGACCCUGGACAGCCGGUUUCUCUCCGUCGACGAAAACGGGAAGUGCUAGUAGAGGAGAUAGUAUCUCAAGAAGAAGCUCAGGGAGUACCAAGUUCUGAGCUUGAUGCUGUGGAGAACCAGCUUAAGUGGGCAUCCUGGGAGCUCCAUUCCCUACGGCACUGUGAUGAUGAUGCUAGGACUGAAAAUGGAGCGCUAGCACCAAAGCAGGAGACUCCUUCGGCAGUAGAAUCUCAUGAAGCUCCUGGCAUACUCAAUAUAGGUGUUCCUCAAAUUUUUAAAUAUGGAGAAGGCUGUUUCCCCAAGGGCAGGUUUGAAAGAAAGAGAAAUCCCUCACGAAAGAAACAACAUAUAUGUGAUGAAUGUGGAAAACACUUCAGUCAGGGCUCAGCCCUUAUUCUUCAUCAAAGAAUUCAUAGUGGGGAGAAACCUUAUGGAUGUGUUGAGUGUGGGAAAGCAUUCAGCCGAAGUUCCAUCCUUGUGCAACACCAGAGAGUCCAUACUGGAGAAAAACCUUACAAAUGUCUUGAAUGUGGGAAAGCCUUUAGCCAGAAUUCUGGGCUUAUUAAUCAUCAGAGAAUCCAUACUGGGGAGAAACCUUAUGAAUGCGUUCAGUGUGGGAAAUCCUAUAGUCAAAGCUCCAAUCUUUUUAGACAUCAGAGAAGACACAAUGCAGAAAAACUUCUGAAUGUUGUGAAAGUUUAAGAAAUUGAAAAAAAAAAUCAGCACUCAGGUCUUUUCUUCAGAAAUGAAGAUAAAAUUUAAAACAUGAAAUGAUACAGAAUAGUUUUUUCCCUACUGACUGUCAGAAAAUCUACUGGGAAAUGUAAAAAUUCUUCACUUACCAUUAUUAUUUUAUCUUGAAAGAAAUGGUGUCGUACCUGCCUAGAAACUGAAAUUUUAAAUUCAGGUGUUAAUACCUAAAUUUUCUUUGUAAUGUUUAUAUUCUCUAUUACUUUUCCAAAUAAUGAGCUACCUGAUUCUUUAUUCCUUUCUUAAAAGUCUCCCUUUUUUAGGCAAAUUAUUUCUGUGUUGAUCAUCGAAAUGCUUUUUAUAAGGAUACAUUCCCUUCUACAUUAAAAGGCAACAUAGGAGUUAUAAAGUCUGAAAACCACCUGAAACAAUUUUAAAACCAUCUUUUAAAAAUUUGCCCUUGUGUUCAUUUUACUGAAUUUGAAUAUGCAUUUGAGAAUAUAGAAGAUAAAGGAUGGCUAAAAGCCUCAAAAGUAAAAUGAGCCAUAGAUCUCAAAUAAAUGAUGCUAACAAAACAUCAAAAAAUGAAUAGGACACCUAGAUGCGGGAAGAUAUGCAAAUACUUUGAUUUAAGAAUUGAAGUAUGUCAAGAAUUUUAUUUAAAUUCAGUCAUCUGCCUGCAGGAAAACUCAAAAACCACUCAUCCUACCUGUAAUUUGGAGGCAUCUUACUAAUGAAAAUAAAGUUCUCCCAUAUAUCAUUAAAAAACAGUCUGAACAAUAAACAAUUAUAAAACUUUAAAGGUGGAAAUUAUAACGGGAGAAUUUGUAGUGAAUGUCAGUGUUGGAAGGGCAAAUGUAAACAUAAGGGUAAUGGUCUGUCUUGGCUUUUAGAAAAAGACUUGAAGAUCUAAUUCAUUAUUAUUUGCCUUUAUCUUUGUUAAGGACAGAAAAUUCCAUGACAGGUAUACAAGUAUCAGGUUUGCUAUUUUUUAUUCCUUUGGUACAAAAGGGUUGAAUACCAGGCUAAAAAAGCAGCCAUGCAUUUAUUAAACAUUUUCUACCGAUAAGGCACUGUGCUAGGUACUGUAAUCCUACCAUAAAUAGGUAGGUAUUUUUUCCACUGUAAAUCAUAGGGGGUUUGGUACAAAGCUGUUUCACAUGAGUCAGCCUCUUCCUCUUGUCUGAGCAUUCCCUGGGGAGGUCACCUCUGAGAUUCCCAGAGCCAUAGUUCUCUUACCAGGGCAUUAUAUUGAGGGGGGGAGGGGCUUAGCUCAAAGAACUGGCCAGCUCUCCAGCAUUCUUCAGAGGUGAGUCCAAGAUACUCUAUAUCAGAGCUUGGAGGUUUGUGAAUCUUUUAAAAAAACUAAUCAAUCUCUAGUAGCAUUGAGGUUGUACCUCCAUGUUAAGUUGAAUGGACUAUUCUAUUUAAAAAAUUACAACUAGACCUUUAACUAGUUUAUUAACUAUGAGAAUUGAUUGAACUAUUUUUUUUAAUUUUUAGUCUUAACACAUUUUUAAAAAUGUAUUAAAGUAAUACAUUGUAGUAGUAGGAUUAUAUACUCCUUGGCUGAGAAUCCCAAGUACUGUGGUUCUACUGUUUAGUGGAAAACUCUGGAAGGUAAAAUAUAGAAAAUGAGAAAAUGCUUUUUUAUAAUGGGUAUCAUUGUGUGGAAAAUGACCCAUGUGAAUUACAAGUAUUUCAUAGUUCAGAGAUUUUGGUUAUAUCUGGUGCUUGGAUCAAGUCGAAAAAUGGAAGGUGAGAUUUGCAUGAGCCUAUUAAAAAGCAAAGUAAUAAAUGCAAGGCCAGCUGGUUGAGAAGUGAGGAAGAAUGGAACUUGUUUAUAGGUUUUCUGAUAACAAUUAUAAUAAUAAGAAAUGUGCUUUAUAGAUUAAGAUUUAUUGAAGUAUAAAUAUGUAGUAUGAUAUAAUGUAUUUUAAGUUAUACAAGAAAACAUAGGGACUUUUGUUUGGGUCUUUUUCUCUUUAUGGCUGAGAGGAAGCAAGUCAUUGUCCAAUAAAGCUAUAAAUUCCUCUGCUCUAAGAUAAAAUCAUCUUGAGUUGAUUGAUUUAUUUAUUUAUAACUGGCUUCUUUCCAAGUAGGUUUUGAGGUGGCAUAUUUGGAAGACUGCGGGGAUGACAGAAUUCUUUUAUCAGAGUAGGUAAGAAGGGAAGCAACCUCUCAGUGGCUGAAAUGCCACAUUUUUAAGAUCUUACAACUUUCCUUUAUGCAAGGAAGCUUCCUUGUGGUAGAUUUUUCAUAAAUGCCAAAGAUAUUUGGUAAUGUGAGAGCAUAGAAAAAGUAGUGUUAGAGUUGGCAAAUAUGUUUUUGUCUUGCCAGCUCUAAUACCUGUGUAUUGUUUGGAAGGGAUUAUGACUGAGCUAAGGCAAGGCUCUGUGGGGGAAAAGGGAUAAGAUGGUGGUACACAGGAAAAGGCCAUGGUGAAAUGUGUGCUUGGUUAACCUUAGUCCUCAUUAGACAAAUUGAUUUUAAUAACUAUUUAGUGAUUUAUGAUUUCAUCCAGACAUUCAUUUAUACCCAUGCAGAUAAGGCAAUUUGGGGGAGUGCCCAACCUCUAUUGAAAUGGUGAUGUGGCAGUUGCCAUGCAGUGGUGCAUAGCCAGGGCAUCUAUUUGGUUAGCAAAUGAGCAGAUGUAUUAGGGCAUGCAGACUACUGAUAACCUGGCCACUGAGCAUUUGUUUGUUGCUGCUAAAUUUUCUUCUGAUUUUGUUGGAGGUUAAGCUCUCCACAUUCACACCUAGUUGACACUUAGUUCAUUUAGCAGUAUGUCUCAUAUUUGUGUAAAUCAAGGGGAGGGAUACAUGAAUUGAAAUAAUCAGCAUAUCAGGCAUUGAAUUAGAAACUGUACCUAUCUCAGUUACAUUCGUAGAUCAGGAAAGCAAGAUUCAGAGAUCAUGUGACUUGCAUGUGGCCAGUUAGAGCUAAAAUUCAAAUCUAGUUCUGUGGAUUCCAGUGAUAUAUUUACUAUGUUAUGAGUGAUGGCUGUUAAGCCUUGGUUAAUAAAUUUUAUGCUUUUAUCUUUAUGGUUAACGAAUGUGGAAGCUAUUAAACAUGCUGGUUUGAAUUUUUACAGUACAGAAAUGUAAAAUGAAAAAGGACAUUUCCUUUUACAGUAUUACCCAGAAGUGAUAAUAGUUUGGUUUGUUGUUCUUCCAGAUAUAGGCAUAUAUAUAUUUAAUCAAAAAUGUGUUAAUAGCUGACACUUGUUGCUGUGUAGGAGCACUAUUUGAAGUGCUCUAUCGUGGAUUGACUCUUAAUCCUUAGCAACCAUAAGAGGUAGGACGUACCCUCAUUUUACAUGUAUUACACUGAGACUUGCCUCUCCUCCCUCUCACUGAUACAGCCAUUCUGUUUUCAUAACUACAUACUUUCAUAACAUAUUAUUCUAUUGCAUGAAUAUAAUUUAUUUAACCCCAUAUUGAUGGAUAAUUAGGUUCAUUAUAGAUAAAGGUAUAGUAAAAUAUCCCUGUAUAUGUGUUUUGCUACUUGUGUGGGUAUUUCUGUAAGAUAAAUAGCUAGAAAUGGAUUUUUUGGGUCAGAGAGUGCACAUUUGACAUUUUGAGAAAUACCAAAAAGAUUGUACCAAUUUACAACUCCAUCAACAGUAAAGGCACCUAUUUGCUUACACUCCUGCCAAUCCUGAAUUCUUAAAAUUGCCAAUUUGAUAGGCAAAAUUUGUUUUAUCUUUCAUUUCUUCAUUAGGAGGAACAUCUUUUCAUGUUUGUUGGUCAUUUGCAUUUCCUGUUAUGAAUUGCUUUUGUCCAUCUUUUUUUAAUUAUGAAAGGAUAAAUGACUACUCAUACAAAACUUAAAUGAUACACAAGUGUAAGAGCAAGGAGAGACCCUUUUCUCCAGUGUUUCCAAUCAUUCCAUUUCUUGCCGUUUAGCAUACCUCCUUUCUAGUCCCUUUUCCAUACAUUUCCAUAUGAACAUACCCUUAAAAACACUAUUUUUACAUAAAUAGGAUCAUAUAUAUGUAUUGUUCUGUAGCUCACAUUCUUUGGGGGGGGUCUCAAAAACAUACUGAGGUCUUUAUAUUUCUUUUAUGGUUGAAUAGGAUUAAAUACUAUGAAGAUACCAUUAUUUAAAUAUUCCCUUAUUUUUUUUCUCUUGCUAUUGCAUUGCCAAAGUAAGCAUCUGAUUGAGAUGUCUUUGUGCAUGUGUGUGAGUUUCUUUAGGCUGGAGUCCCAUAAGGUGGAUUGUUGGGUCUAAGGGUUUGUUCUCUGAUAGACCUACCUUAACCUUCCCAAAGGCCUUCAUAACUUUGUAUUUUCACCAGUUGUAUGAAAAGUAUUUGUUUCCCCAUAUAGCCUUACCUACUUUUGAUAGUUUUUAUCUGUUGGGCUAAAAAGAAAAAGGAAUCCUUUCAUAUUUUGCAUUUCCCUGAUUAUCAAAAAUUGUGAGGUUGGGUUAUUUUCAUGUUUAUUGGCUAUUUAUAGUUUUACCAUGGAUUGUUUGUAUCCUUACCUGCUUUUCAUAUGGGUUAUUGUGGAUAUCUUGGUUUUGUUUGUUCAGCAUCUCUUUCCCCAUCUUCUGGUAACAGAACCUUUAUUUAUUGUGGGGAACCCAUUCCCUGUGGCUUAGGUGAGCCAUGACCAGGUCUGGGCUCCUGAGUCCCGGAGCUCCCUAGCCACAGCAAUUAAAGAAUGGGCAUAUAAUUUAAGCCAGGCUAAGGAGAGCCCUCAACAGAACUUCUGCCGGAACUACUGGAAAGAAGGCUUUAUGGAGAUCCUAGGAACCAAGGACCCUAUAAGCCUGAAUUUGUAACCAUGUGGAGAGAGUCUAUGUGAGGAGAAACUUGGAGGCUAGCAGAAAUGGAAAGAGAACUAAGUUUUGAUGUCAUUUUUCUGGAGGCCCUAGAUCCAGCUGUGCCUAAAGCCUGCCCUACCUCCGGACUUAAAAGUUUUGUGAGCCAAUAAAGUCCCUUUCUUGUUUAAGAUAAUUGAAUUGGGUUUCUGUCCUGAUUAAUAUAGGUUAUUUGUAUUUUCUUAUUGAUUUGUAGAAAACCUUUGUAAUUUUAAAUUUUAGACUUAUACUUUAUGCACUGUAUAAGUUAAUAAAAUUAGCAUGGCCUUCCAUGA